UGAAUAGUUAAGUGGGUGUUUUAUUAUUAUUUUUUCAUCAAUGAUGCAGAUCAACACACCCAUUCAUUUAUAAUGUAAUUUGGAAAUUGUCGUUUUGUAAACAGGAGUAAAUUUAUGUAUUUCUUACAAGUGUAUUUUGGUUUUAAAUCUGGGAUUAUUUUGAGAUAAUAGAAAAGGAUUACGUCUGAAACAUCAAGAUUUUGUGGAAGAAAGUGAACUUAAACAAUGAGCCUGAAGAGUAUUUGCUGUAUAGGAGCAGGGUACGUUGGCGGCCCCACCUGUAGUGUGAUAGCUUAUAGAUGUCCCGAUAUUAAAGUCACUGUUGUGGACCUCAGUGUGGAGAGGAUCACACAGUGGAACUCUGAUGUUCUUCCUAUUUUUGAGCCAGGUUUAGAUGACAUAGUGAAGUCAGUACGGAACAAGAAUCUGUUUUUCUCCACAGACAUCACAGCUGCCAUCAAUGAAGCUGAUCUCAUUUUUAUUUGUGUUAAUACACCAACCAAAAGUUAUGGACUUGGAAAGGGAAGAGCUGCAGAUCUGAAAUACAUAGAGUCAGCUGCCAGAAUGAUUGCAGAUGUUGCGUCACAGUCUAAAAUUGUUGUAGAGAAAAGCACAGUACCAGUCAAAGCUGCAGAAAGUAUCAGCAAUAUACUGAGAGCUAAUCAGAAACCAGGUGUCAAAUAUCAGGUUCUGUCCAAUCCUGAAUUUCUGGCUGAAGGUACGGCAGUGAAAGAUUUGUUAAAUCCUGAUCGAGUUCUGAUUGGCGGAGAACAGAACCACGAUGGUCAGCAGGCCAUAGCUACCCUGGCCUGGGUGUACAAACACUGGGUACCGGAGGAUAAUGUUAUCACUAUGAACACUUGGUCAUCUGAACUCUCAAAACUGGCUGCUAACGCAUUCCUUGCUCAAAGAAUCUCCAGUAUAAAUGCCAUGUCAGCAGUCUGUGAGUAUACCGGGGCAGAUGUAUCUGAGGUGGCACAUGCAGUUGGCAUGGACUCCAGAAUUGGCAAUAAAUUUUUGAAAGCUAGUGUUGAUGAACCAGUUAUAGGGAAAGCUAGUAUUGGUUUCGGAGGUAGCUGUUUCCAGAAAGAUGUCCUCAACCUUGUAUACCUGUGUGAGUGUCUCAAUCUACCUGAGGUAGCUGAUUAUUGGCAACAGGUGAUCAACAUUAAUGAGUACCAGCGAAGGCGAUUUGCAAACAGAAUUAUUCAGUGCUUAUUUAAUACAGUUACAAACAAGAAGAUAGCAAUAUUUGGAUUCUCAUUCAAGAAAGACACAGGUGAUACAAGGGAAUCUGCUGCAAUUUAUGUUGUGAAAUAUUUGCUGGAAGAAGGUGCACACAUCAGGAUCUAUGAUCCCAAGGUGGAAACUGAACAGAUGUUCAGGGAGUUAACUCAUCCAAGCAUAAGUGAUGAUCCAGAGAAAGGUUAGUGUUCUUUUCACACUUAU